GUCAUUCUCAUUUUUUUAUGAAUUGGUUUUGGUUCAUUGCUGUCAGUCAUUGAGAUUCAUUCCUUUUCAAUGAGGGAUAGUUGGACGAUCUCCCUCAACCCCGACGUCAUUCUUCCUGGAUUUUGGUAUUGGAUCAAUACCCUGCAGGAUAUAUCAAAAAAAUGGCGACAGCUGAAGAAGAGGCAAGGGCUAGUCCGCAGUACAUUGAUCUGGCGAAAAGGCCAGACCUUAUCGACAGUUGGCAACUCAGAUACUUUCCCGCCGGAAAGGGAUGUAGGCACAAGGCUGAAAAUUAAGGGUCCUCGUUGCUUAUUCCACUUACUAUAUUAUCAUGGCUAGUCGUAGUCCUGGUGUGGUCGAAGCUCCUUCUAUGUCGUUGGAUAGAAAGAAGAUGACGAGUAAAUACUCACAACGAAUUGCAGAGUUGUAGAAGUAUUUCCUCAAUAUUCACAGUGAGUUUUGUUUCUGUGUGGACGAAUUGACAUAAGACUUAUUAUUUCGAGAGCGAUGAACUGACAUGUGAAUCUCAAAUUGAAUGAUCAGAAGUCAGGAGCACGAGGAUACAAACUGCGCAGCAAUAGGCUUGAUCAUGCACGAGUACCCUCAACAAAAUGCCGGAAGUGAUGAAGAAAGAUACAACUACUUAUGUACUAUAAAAAAACUGGUCGUCGAUGUUUCUAAGGUCUGACUCGGGACAUCCAGAACGGAUCAGGGAACAAGCGCUUGUUCGAAAACGAGUUGAUGCAUGGGGAUCACCAUCAGGACUCUUUCUACCAAGGCGAGAAGAAAGCCUCCAAAAUCUUCAUGGUGACUGGGACCUAUGGGCUGUGUCACCGAUCUCAUGCUCGUGACGCUGGCGGCAUCCGUGUUAAGAGCGUGUACUUGUGCAUCAUUUUUACAUCAUGGACUAACACUAACAACACCAUGCAUUGGCGGGUUGCAUCUAACACUAACACCCUCAAUGGACUCUACAACUGUUCCAGUAGGAAGGAUGUCAAGGAUGCCUUAAAGAUCAACGCAACGGUCGUGAAGCUUCUAAUCGUGGCUUUGUGGGGUUUGGCCGCAGAGCCCAUUUCAUCGAAACACGCAAUGUCGACCAGUGGUCGCGACGGCCGGAGGGGUGCUCCUUAGAACUAAAUCAAUGGAGUGAAGAAACAAAUUCAAAUUGCAAAACUCUUCGUUCUUCAGUUUUUUUUUUGACUUCAUCAAAAGCCCACUUCCUUAAACUAGAAGAGGGAACGAAAGGUUCUGCGUUUGGAUCGUCAAGACGUACUCAAUGUACAGGUAUGACAAAAAUGUCAAUGGAUACGUGAUGAGGUGGCGUUUCCUGAUUUGUGGUUCCGACGUUGACGUCGACGACGCACUGCGAUUUACCUGUUCCCUUCUAUACUCCCGGAGUGGUGUCGGGACUGUUACGGGUAGUUGUAUUUGA